AUUGAGUCGGGUGGGUUUUCCUCAGAAGGCGACGUUUUUUUAAUCAUUAAUUUAAUCGCAAAACUGUGAUGAAGUUUGUUUCAUUUAACUUUUUUUAGUGUUAUCAGAUAAAGAGCUGACGCUCGCAAUUUGGUCAUUUUUUUCCUUUUGAUUCCCGUUGGAGUAUGUUUAUCUCUAUUGUUUUAAAAUAGCAACCUGUACCUGUGCCAUUCUUUUCAUUUAUUUUUACAUACAGUUUGGGAUAUUUGCGAGUUUGAUAUAUCUCAAUAUAUUUUGAUUACAAUUUUUAUAUUUACAAACCAUUAAAAUGGUAUACACCAUUAGUUGUUAUACGCUUUUCUUAUUGAAUCUUCUUAUGUCUCAGUUUGUGCUGGGUAGAAACGAGGAACAGGAGACUGUGCCAGUUAACCUUACACAUAGAACAGAUGUUUUGGGGAUGAGUGGGGAAAGACAACGUUUUAAAAUCAACGUAUUUGGCCGACUUUUCCUGCUCAACCUGACGCCGGAUAGCAGGUUUGUGGCUCCAGCAUUGAACGUUCAGCGCGUAAAAGCGAAGAAUGUCGCCGCAUUUCUGCACGGCUCAGGGAGAGCAGGCGCUCUCAGGAAUGCCACAGAGUACGCAGACAGCGCUGCGGACCUCAGAGACUGUUUUUACACCGGAACAGUCAAUUCUGAAGAGGACUCGGUAGUCGCUGUCAGUCUCUGUCGCGGCAUUCACGGUACUUUCAUAACUCAAAGGGACGAGUACUUCAUUCAGCCCAAAGCAACCGGCAUGACCACCGGGAAAUCUCCGCAGGUGCAUGUGGUUAAAAGAAGAGCUUUUUACGACGACCAGACGGCGUCAAAAAUGGUCUUUGAUCAAGUAAAAGUUGUGGCAGAGGACAACCUUAACUCUAAUGAAGACGGCAAACUAAGACGUGCAAAACGAUUCGUGUCUACCGCGAGAUACAUCGAGACGCUGGUGGUUGCUGACGCUUCAAUGGCACGUUUCUAUGGAGACGAGAUAAAGCACUACCUCCUGACUGUGAUGUCCAUCGCUGCACAGAUCUAUGCGCACCCUAGCCUGAAAAAUGCUGUUAGUCUGGUAGUAGUGAAGAUGCUGGUCGUGGAGGAUGAGGAGGUGGGACCUGAGCUUUCUAGCAACGGUGGGGUUGCCCUACGCAACUUCUGCAUGUGGCAACAACUUUUUAACCCAGGCAGCCUGAGGCACCCUGAACAUUUCGACACUGCCAUCUUGUUCACAAGAGAGGAUAUUUGUGGAUAUAAGGAUUGUGACACUCUGGGUGUAGCUGAUGUUGGCACUAUGUGUGACCCCAAAAGAAGCUGCUCCGUUAUCGAGGACAACGGCCUUCAGUCAGCUUUCACUGUGUCACAUGAACUCGGUCAUGUCCUCAGCAUGCCACACGAUGAUUCUAAAAACUGUGAGAAAUGGUUCGGGCAUCUCAAUGGACACCACAUGAUGGCUCCUUACUUCAUCCACCUCAACAAAACUCUUCCCUGGUCCCCAUGUAGUGCACUAUACAUCACAGACUUCUUCGACAAUGGACACGGUGACUGUUUGUUAGAUUCACCUGAGAAGAGCAUCCCUUUACCUGCCGAGCUGCCCGGCUUUACAUUUGGACAAGACCGGCAGUGCCAGCAGGCUUUCGGGGAGAAAUACACCCACUGCCCCAACGUCCCUGAAGAUCAAGCCUGUCAACAGCUGUGGUGUCGAGAGGAAGGAAAGAUGCUGUGCACCACCCGGAAUGGAAGCCUCCCCUGGGCGGAUGGAACUCCUUGUGGGGAGGAGAGGAGAUGCCGGGAGGGUUCGUGUGUGUUGAGUGUUCUGAAGGAGGCAGAAGAGGUGCCAGUCAAUGGUGGGUGGGGUGAAUGGGGCCCUUGGGGGCCAUGCUCACGGUCAUGCGGUGGGGGUGUGGAGUUUUCUCACCGUGAGUGCACCGCUCCAGUGCCGCAGAAUGGGGGAUCGUACUGUGUGGGACAGAGGGUCAAAUACCAGUCCUGCAAUACUCAGACUUGCUUAGAAGACCAUGGAAAAAGCUUCAGAGAUGAGCAAUGUGAGAAGUAUAACAGCGAGCGUUACUUGGACAUUCAAGGGAAUAUGAAGCAGUGGAUCCCCAAAUAUUCUGGUGUCUCUCCGCGAGACCGCUGCAAACUCGUCUGCCGAGCCAAAGGGAGCAAUGAAUUCAAAGUUUUCGAAGCCAAGGUCGUGGAUGGCACCACCUGUGGACCGGACACCACAUCAAUCUGUAUUCAGGGCCAGUGCAUCAAAGCUGGUUGUGACCAGGUGAUAGGCUCCAACGAAAAGCUAGAUAAGUGUGGCGUCUGUGGUGGUGACUGUACAACCUGUAGAAAAAUAAGUGGCUCAUUAAAUAAAGCUACUUUUGGUUACAAUGAUGUUGUUACCAUCCCCGCCGGGGCUACAAAUAUUGACAUUAAACAACGCAGCCAUCGAGGCAUCACGCAUGAUGGUAACUACCUGGCUGUAAAGGCCGAAGAUGGCACCUACAUUCUGAAUGGGAAUUUCUCAGUGUCCAUGGCGGAGCAGGACAUCCCAGUGCCUGGCGCCAUGCUUCGCUACAGCGGCUCUUCUACCACCCUGGAGCGACUCCUUAGUUUUCACAAGCUUUGGGAAGCCAUCACUGUCCAGCUAUUGUCUACAGGUGGGGACGCCUCACCCCCUAGGAUCAAAUACACCUUCUUUUUGCCAAAGGAUGUACCUUUUUUCAAACCUGGUGCAGAGAGCAGGAUUUCACCCCAUGUCAUACUGCCAUUCGGGGGUGCCGACUGGGUCCUGGGUGAGUGGUCUGAGUGCUCCAAGAGCUGUGGUGCUGGAUGGUCCAGGAGAAGCGUGGAGUGCAAAAAUGCUGAGGGGUCCCUGUCUUACCUCUGUGACCCCGAUCUGCGACCUGCAGACAUCCGGCCCUGCGGGGACCUGCCCUGUCCCAUGUGGCAAUUAGGGCAGUGGUCAGCGUGCUCACGGACAUGCGGACACGGAGAGCGUCACCGCACUGUAGUCUGCAUGGACUAUACAGGCAAGGUUUUAGAGCAUGAGAAGUGCAAAGUAGACAAGAGACCAGGGGUAGUUGUAGUGCAGUGUUUUUACCAGGACUGCUAAUGUAUGAACGGUGUCAGAGAAACAAGCAGAGGAGCUCUUAGGGAUAGUGCAUUAGAUUGGAGAUCCCUUAUCAAGCAUAACCAGGGCAUUUGAUAUGAAAUAUUACCUAUAUCACGAAAUAACCUUAUCCUCUGUGUUGUUUAUUUUGUUCAGUUUAACUACAAAGGUAACCUCCCACGGAGAUCUACCUCAGUCAAGCUUCAUAAUGUUCAGUUGUUUAGAGAAGAUUCCUUUGGAAGUAACAAAAAACCUUAGACUUUGCACAAACCUGCUGAAAGCAUCAGUCAGAUACCUCUGUAAUACGGUGCAGUUUAGUGCACAUCAGAAUAAGAAAUUAUUCAACAUUAGAGAGGUAACUGAAGGGUGAUACAUUUAUCCAAGUUCUAAGAAUCGUCCACAACGGACUGCAUUUUAAUAUUUUAUAAUUGCUAGACAUAUUAAUUUCUCACAUUAUUUUAAUUGCCAGCCUUCGUGUUGUAGCAAUGAGCCUAUUUUUUAUCAUAUCUGCUACUUCGUAAUACUGGUAGGUCCCUCAAAAGCUUUUUCAUAUUACAACACUGGAACAAACAGUAUUUGGAAGUACAGUCUUUUACUGGCCACAUAAUAGCUACAUGUUACCAUAGACCAACAUAAGACAGAUAAAAAAAACUGUACAUUUCGUUACCUGGUUACUAUUGUUGAUUUGAUUUUUGUUUAAAACUAAGAAUCAAAGUAGAAUUGCCUUCUCUAACACACUGUUGGUGUUUUUCUGUAUAUACAGCCAUUUGGCAAUAAGCUAUCCCAGUCUCACAACAACAGUGUAAAUACCGCAGUGUGCCUUAAAUUAAUUCAUUUUCUGUUCGCUUCCACUGGCACACGUUACGUAAACGGGAAUAUAUAAUAUAACCAGUACUGGCAUAAGUGAGUUUACAGAAGCAAAUAAUUUAUUAUGAAAUGUUCAUUGAGAAGUGGAUACUUACUGUAUAUUUUGGACACAACAUGUGCCAUCGAAAUAACGAUUGAACAGACACCAAAAAAGAAAAUGUUUCCUGUGAAAAACAUUGAGAUUGCAUGUAUUUUCACGGUUGAUAUUUAAGUUUAUUUUUCUUUCCUCGUCCAAGCUUUAGUUGACACUGUAUACAUAUAUUUUAUGUUAAUGUCAAAAAUCUACCACCCACAAACCCGUCAUCAGUUGCCCUUGAAUGAAGAGGAGACCUAUGCUUCAUGAUAUGCAAUUUUAUUAAUGUAUUAAUAACCUUUACUGAAUAUAUCAAACAUAAGUUAAAUGAAAUAGCAAUAGGUAAAGAGUUUUAGACACAACAGUGCUGAUUUAUAUUUCUGAAAAAUUCCCUCUAGCCAGGCAAGCACUGAAUUUCAAUUAAUGAGAUUAAAAUUUGGCAAAAUUAUUCAGUCUAGAAUUCACCAGAACCUGUAAAAUUAAGCUAAAAAUAUAACAUAAGUUAUUUGCAUUCCAUCGAUUCACAAACAAGUCAGUGAAAUGGUGCAUUUUUUAAACUAAAGCAUUCUAUCCCUUCAAUGAAGGUCUGCACAAUGCUAUUGUUAUAGCUUCUUUUUACAAGCUAUUUAUUUUUUCUACUUUUAACACCUAAUGUUUUUUUCUUGAUGCUGCUGUCUGUCCUACAUUAAUUAUGUAUACAUUUAAAUCAAUUAAAGCGUGUCAACAUUAAAAUUGUUCUACAUUCAUUUGUGUGGUCUUCAUUUCAACAAAUCAAGUAAUCAGUUAUUUUGUAAAGACAAUAUUUGUUAUAUUGUAUUCUUUGAAACACUUUGUGCAACACCUAAUAGGCAGGGAUGCGCAUAAGUGGUGCGCAGGUGCGCAUGCGCGACCAAAAUUAAAAAUGCGCUCUGUAAAUAAGUUUAGAACGCUCAUUUGCGUACUGACAUAGUUGAAACCUUUUGAUGCACAAUCACUGUUUUAGACCGACUAAAUGUAAUACUGGAUAAGAUUUCCGUUUGUACUGAAUGCUGCCAAAUCACUGAUAUCUCGUUUGUUCCCGGUGAUAAACGGUAUUGGUAGCUCCGCCUUUGUUGGUUCUGCUUUCGUUACUAGAGAAGCGCGCGGCACGCGCAGCCUCUGUGAAUGUCUGGAACUGCGCUGCGCUGCACGUCUACCAAAACACCGCUUCUCUUAAACUUUCUAAAAGGACAAGCUGUUUAAACUUGACACUUGCACGCAGCUUGUGUUUCUCUAUGCUAUACUCGAUCCUAGCUCCGCACCGCAAGUCUCCAUGUGCGUUCGCAAGUGCACUGCCAACAAACCAAAAACCUGCCAAAAACCAAAAAGGUUGUCGUUUCAGGUUUCAAAAUUGGUGUUGAAAAUGAAUAUUUACUCAUGUAAAAAGAAAAACAAGAAGAAAUACAUUAUCAUUGUAUUUUAAGUGUACUUUAAAGUAAUAUUAGUAUUAUCCCACUUUAUUAUUUUGUUUAUUGUUCAUUAAAAAGUAACUACUUUUUUACUUUUAUUUUUAAUAGGUAAAUAUAAUUUGUCACACUAUGUGCAAUGUGAGCACCAAACCGAAUCUCCAGGUGCUGUCUUGAGAACCAGAUAGAAAAACUUAUGUGCACCCCUGCUAAUAGGAACACAGUGCAAGAGAUUGUUAGUUCAGUAUAGUUCAGUAUUAU